CGCCACGUUAACCCUCUUACGCUCAAUGUCAGCUUCACAGACGUUUUUCUACGUUUCUUUUUCAGCACUGAUUGUUAUAUAAUUUAGUUACUGUCAUGCUGAGAGCUGCACACUUAGCUUCUUCUAAUUGGUCUCAAGUUAUCAAUCCAGGGAGAAUUCGCCAUAGUUUACAAUGCACAGGCCCACUUCAGCACGGCUCUCGUGCUUUCAGUGUCGUGCCGCCGCCGCGCGACGAGGAGGAGAGGGAGGCGAUGCACCGCAUGCUGCGCGUGGACCAUGCGGGUGAAUACGGUGCUAACCGCAUCUAUGCGGGACAGAUGGCAGUGCUGGGUCGGUCACGGACUGGACCUCUCAUCCAACACAUGUGGGAUCAAGAAAAAAAGCACUUAGCCAAAUUCAAUGAAAUUCUUGCUGAGAACAGGGUUCGACCCACAGCCCUGCUGCCUCUCUGGAACAUCGCCGGCUUCGUCUUAGGGGCGUCCACUGCUCUGCUGGGAAAGGAGGGGGCCAUGGCGUGCACGGUGGCCGUGGAGGAGAGCAUCUCUGAACAUUACAACAGCCAGAUAAGAGCUCUGAUGGAGAAUGAUCCAGAUAGAUACCUUGAACUGUUACAGGUGAUCAAAGAAUUCAGAGAUGAUGAGAUGGACCAUCAUGAUACUGGACUGGAGCACGAUGCAGAAUCAGCACCUGGAUACUGGCUGCUAAAAAAUGCAAUACAGCUGGGCUGCAAAGCUGCAGUCUACGUAUCUCAACGGAUCUAAAGCUCAACUUCACUUCAUUUAAAAUAUAUGUAUAUAUUUUUAUUCAUUGUUGGACAUUUGCUCAUUUGAAUGAGUUCUAAGUGAACGGAGGACAUGAUGAAGUGCAGUGUUGUAAGUUUGUUGAUUAAAAGUGAUAAAUAAACCUGGUUUACAGGCA